ACCAACCCAGCAGCCAAUCGCUUGCCUAGGCGCGCAGUUCCGGGAAAAUCCAAAGGCGCCAUCGCUGAGGAGCCAUGGCGGCUGCAGAGAAUGGAGCUGAUGCUGCUCAAGAGGUCCUGGCUGAGGUAGCAGUCAUUCUAGAACCUGUAGGCUUGCAGGAAGAAGCAGAACUGCCGGCUCGGAUCCUGGAGGAGUUUGUGAAGAACUCUCGGAAGAAGGACAAGCUGCUUUGUAGCCAGCUGCAGGUAGUGGACUGCCUACAGAAUUUUCUGGCUCAGGAGGAUACUGCCCAGAGCUCAGACACUUUGGUCUCUGAAGACAUGAGUCGACGCCAGGCAGCUGAAGCUAAAGAGCGAUGGAAGGAACUGAAGGCCACAUACCAGGGCCAUGUGGAAGCCAUAAAAUGUGCCCUGACCCAGGCCUUACCCCAGGUAGAAGAGGUCCAAAGGAAGUACACAGAGCUCCAGGAGGCGUGCGAGCAACUUGAGACUAAGAAGCGAGUCAUCGAGGAGAAACUACAGACAGCUCGGAAGCAGUGGCUGCUGCACCAGAAACGUCUCCAGAGUCUGGUGAAGAUUUCUGCAGAGGUCAAGGAACAUCAGGCGAGAGCUCAGCAGAAGCUUGACCGGUCAAAUCAGGAACUGGAAACCUUGAAUCAGCAAGCAGGAGAGGAGCAGGAUAAGCUGCAGAGGACCCAGACCUACCUCCAGCUACUGUGCACCCUGCGGAAUAAGCUGCUGGUACUCGAAGCCAAGGCUGAGGACAGGGACAUCACAGGAAAUGCCCUUCCACCUGAAUCUCUCUAAAGAGAUGUGUUGCACAAAUUCUAAUUGGUCUUAUAAUAAAAACCUGGAGCCAGGUAAUGGGAGAAAUGCUGAAAGAUCAGAGGAAACAAACCACAGCUACUUCUCACCUGGCCAACUCCUCAGCUGAAAAGGGAAGGUCCUGUCUCCACGAAUCCUCAGACUAAAUGUCCCUGAGUCCUCCAGGGUGCUGAACUCCUGUCUCCUCCCAUCUUAUAUUCCUUUCUCUGCCCAGCCAUGUCACUUCCUGUCUCAGCCUUCCUAGUGCUGGGAUUAAAGGUGUGUGCCACCACUGCCUGGCUUUGUUUUUCUUUUAGACUGGAUUAAUCUCCUGUAGUCCAAUCACUGCCUCCCACGUGCUAGGAUUAAAGGUGUGUGCCACCACUGCCUGGCCUCUAUGUUUAAUCUAGUGGCAGGCUCUGUCCUCUGAUAUUCAGGCAAAUUUUAUUUGUUAGACUACAAACAAAAUAUCACCACAGAGAUGAGUACAUUUCAUCCCUUACAGAAUCUAUGUAACUUGCAUUAAAAUGUCUUCUUUGUGUGUGUUUUAUGCAUAAGUUAUGAAAUACUAGUGGAGUGUGAAAUUGAAUACAUUGAUUUAAUCAUGAUUCCUGGCCCAGUCUUUGAGUGACCCAUUUGAUACUUAGAUUGUUGGGUUACGAAAAACUCACUGUUCGGAUUCUUAGUCUAUUAACUGACAAACAUGCUUCACUGACACACUUGGCACUAGAAUCAGCAUCCCUUAGGAGUUUUGAAGCCUUUUUCAAAUGUCUUUUGAGAAGCAUAAAUUAUCCUACUUUAGUUGAAUUAAGAGCAAAGUUCUAAAGUCUUUUUCUUUGUGAUACAUCAUCUCUUGCUUUGUAGGCCAGAAUGGCCUUAAAUUCCUAGUCUCCUGCAUUAGCCUUCUCAUGGCUGAGAUUAUACCUGUUUACCAACACGUCUUGCUAAAAGACCUCUUCAUGGAAUCUAUAAUAUGUAAAGAUUGGUACCAUAUUUUUAUACAUCUGUCAAAUUAUGACAGAAUUUAACUAGUCCAAAAAGUUUUCAUACUAAAUUUUUUAUCAUUGUGUAUCUCAGCCAUAGUUUUAUGUUCUACAUGUAUGUGGAAAGAAAAUAGUGUCUUUGAGGCAGAGUCUGGUCUUGAUCCUGGAUUAACUGGAUCAGAUACUGUAGUAUUAAAUGGGUAAUUUAAAACAGUCUAUUUAACGAAGCAUAGUAUCAUAUCUUACUGUUUGUGUUCAGAACUCCAAAAUUGUUAGAAAUAGAUAGGCUGUUUCUAAUUUGAAAAUCUCUAUUCAUAACAAUAGCUGCAUUGCCUAUUUCAACAUGUCAUGUACAAUCUGAGAGGAAAUAAGAGUAAAAAGAAACACUAAGCUCAUUGUAUGAGUUCAACCACAGAGACACAUAAUGUACAUGUACAUGUAUGGCAUAUGUCCAUGCACACAUGCACAUGCAUUGGGCAGGGAACCAGAUAAGAUGGAGCAAGGGUGUGACAACUUUCUUUACAGUAGGUUUCCUUUUUCAGAUUUCUUCUCCAUACUCCUAUGUACAAGACCCUACAUACUUUUGUCAUCAAAAAUCAAUAUAUACUUUGAUUUGUGAUGUAUUCAUACUUGAAGAGUAUUUGGCAAAUAUUCAUUAUAUACUAUUAAGGGAAGACUAACUAGAGAGCUGGGGAGUUUUAGCUCAAUUUCAAGCAUGUAAUUACCUGGAGGCAAAUAUCAAAUAUUUAUUGAAGGUGUUGUAUGCUGAACAUAAGUCCUGAGCAUUGAAGGCAGUGGUCCUGUACUCUGCAAGCUUAAAUUUAGAAAUGGAAGAGAGAAAUUAAUUCUAUCAAAAAAUGAUAAUACCUUCUACCAUUUAAGGCUAAGAAACAGAAUGAUUUGGCCACAUCAAGGAUGAUUACAUUUAUCAGGCUGAAGAAACAUUAAGAAUGGAAUCAGGAAUACUAGGAGCCAAGCAGAGCUUGGAGCAGAGGUUAUAAUAUGGUAGAGGAAGUAGUGAGUCUCUACGAGCUUUUACCAUCGUGGCUACAUAGUCAGAGCCUUCAUCCAGAAUAUAGAGAACCUAGUGAAGUUUCUUACUUUGGGAAAAUAUCUUCAAUUGCAUUUUAAUUCAGGGAAAUCAUCAGUGUUUCAGUUCUUGGCAGAAUGGGCAUCAGAAAAAAAAAAAGUGCUUCCAUUCGUAUUGCUUUUGGGGACUAUAGAAUGACAGUAGCUGGAAAGCUGAAAUCCGCUUCAGGCAAUUAGAUACUACCUGAAAGCAACAUUGGAGUGGCAUCCGGAUGGAGCCUCUUAUUUUGGAAUGCAGCUAUGUUGAAAAGCCUACUUUAGAAGAAUACAGUGUAGCUGUGAGCUACAGCAUAUUAUCAGGGAUAGUGAGUAAGGCAGUUGAAUGACACUUAUAUUCCUAGAUGGUGUUAGUUAUCAAUUAAAAAGCAAAAAGAUACCUCUGGAAAAGAGAGAACUACCUACUUUUGUAGUUCAUACUUCAUGGUAGUAGUCACUAAGGGCUCAUGAAUGUUGGAAAGCAUUUUUAGCAAUGCAAAAUUACUCAUUAUGUCUAAUAAUCUACCUAUCAAGGAUGUAGGAAUUAAUUGAAUAUAUGAAAGGAAAAGAACUGCCAUCUGUAUAUAAGCAUUUAAGUAAGAGCUAUGCUUAUAAUAAUAUUAUAAAUAAUAAUUUUAGACAAUGGGUGUGGUUUAUCAGUCAUAACUUUAAUACUUAGAUUCAACAAUAUUCUUAGGUUCCUUAAAUUUAAAGCAAAGAGGAAAUUUCAAGUUCCGCUGUCAUCCUUGGUACUAGAAAUAAGCUUUUUAAAUUUAUUUUGAGAAAUUAAAAAUUUUAUCCAGUGGCAUCAAGGAGAUGGCUCAGUUGGUAAUGUGCCCGCUGUGAGAGCCUGAGGAGCAGAGUUCAAUCCCUUGCAUCCGUUUCAAACAUACUGGACAUGGUGACAGAAGUUGCUUGUAAGCCCAGUAUUGUAGAGGUGAAGACAGGUAUAUCCCUGGGGCUCUGAAUUAGCAAGCUACAGAUUCAGUGAGAAACUCUUAUCUCCCCCAAACAAGGUGGACAUCAGCUGAGGAGGGAUGACACCAAAGUCUGUCCUUUGAAAUCCACACACAUGCACACAUAAGUGCAUGCACACGGACACACAAACACACAUCCACAUGCAUACAAGUUACCUAAGGGAAUACUUGAUAGCAUUAUGGGAGUUUUUAUUGCCUUUAUCUCUUUUUCACAGUCCCAGAGAUCUUUAGUAACUAUUUCCCCACCUCAGUUAAGCCCCCUUGGCAUGCUGGGUGGUGAUUGAAACAGUGAGAGUUACUAGAAACAUGUAUCACAGCAAGAAAAGGGAAGGGUAGUAAAUAGGUCAUUUACUAAGCAUCACUGCCAGUGUUUUGUUGCUGUGGUACCUGAGAUAAACAAGUUGAAGGCACCCAAAUCUGGGCUCAUGAUUUCAGACUGCAGUCAGUUGUUCCCAUGCUUCUGGGGAUGUAAAAGGUCUCUGGGCCUGCUGAUGUUGUGUGGGUAUCAUUGCAGAAGGGUGUAAUGGAAGAGAGUACCUCACCUCAUAGCAACCAGGAGAGGGAGGGUGCAUAUAUGCCUAUGAGUUCAUGCUCGUAAUUGCUAACACAGCUAUACUCUUUAAGGCAUACUCCCAGUGAUCCACUUCCUCCAACUAGGUCCCACCUCCUAGUCCAUUCAGCUAGAUUGAUCCCUUGGUGAAAGUAAAGCCCUCAUGAUCCAAUCACCUCUUCACUACCAGUCAGGUCCUAGGUCUUCAGCACAUGAGCCAUUCUGUGGUCUAUUUCAUAUCUAAUGCAGAACAGAAACUAUAGAUUGUGUAUCUUUUGAGGAAAGCUAAACAGAUUUAAUAUGUCCAAAGCAUAACUUGUUUUGCAUCUAAUUAAAUUAUUUAAAUUAAACGUUUCUUUGGAAAUUGAGCUCCCCAAAAGUAGAAUAUGAUUUAAGGUAAAUAUUUGUCUCAAAUUACUUUUCCAUAAAAUACAAACAUGUUUAAAAUGUUUUUGUAUUUAAUAUUACUUUGUAAAUUUAGUUAUGAAGCUAGUACAUUUUGUUUUCUCUAGGUGUCUAGUCUAAUAUAGAAGAAUUUUGUAUGUGUAUAAAAUUACAUAUGGGUUUAUACAUAUGCAGUAUAU